AUGCCGUCGCACAAGUCAUUCAUGAUAAAGAAGAAGCUGGCGAAGAAAAUGAGGCAGAAAAGGCCAAUUCCACACUGGAUUUGUCUUCGCGCUGACAAUACCAUCAGGUACAACGCAAAGCGUAGGCAUUCGCGCAGAACCAAGCUUGGAUUCUAA